AUGGCGACCUGGCUGAACCAAUCAUCUACAGACGACUUUAUUCUCUUGGGCAUCUUUUCCUACUGUGCAACUGAUCUUGUUCUUUUCUCUGUGGUCAUGAUUGUCUUCACAGUGGCCCUCUGUGGGAAUAUACUUCUCAUCUCCCUCAUCUACAUUGACUCCCGGCUUCAUACCCCCAUGUACUUCUUCCUCAGUCAGCUCUCCCUCAUGGACCUCAUGUUGAUAUGCAACGUUGUGCCGAAGAUGGCAGUGAACUUCCUAACUGGAAGAAAGUCCAUCUCCUUUGUGGGUUGUGGUAUACAAAUUGUUUUUUUUGUCUCUCUUGUGGGCUCUGAGGGACUCUUGCUGGGACUCAUGGCUUAUGACCGCUAUGUGGCUAUUAGCCACCCACUCCGCUAUCCGAUUCUCAUGAGUCAGAGGGUCUGUCUUCAGAUUGCUGGAGGAUCCUGGGCCUUUGGCACACUAGAUGGAUUGAUCCAGAUGGUGGCAGCCAUGGCGUUUCCUUACUGUGGCUCCAGGAAUGUGGACCAUUUUUUUUGUGAAGUGCCAGCUCUCUUGAAGCUGGCCUGUGCAGACACAGCUCUGUUUGAGAACCUGCUCUUCGCUUGCUGUGUCUUUAUGCUUCUUCUCCCCUUCUCCAUCAUCGUGGCCUCCUAUGCUCGGAUUCUGACUGCUGUGCUCCGCAUGCGCUCUGCUCAGGCUCGUAAAAAGGCUCUGACCACCUGUUCCUCCCACCUGACUGCUGUCUCUCUCUUCUAUGGGGCAGCCAUGUUCAUCUACCUGAGGCCUAAGCGCUACCGAACCCCUAGCCAUGACAAGGUGGUCUCUGUCUUCUACACAGUUCUUACUCCUAUGCUCAACCCCCUCAUUUAUAGUUUGAGGAACCGGGAGGUCAUGGGAGCACUGAGAAAAGGGCUGGGCCAUUGUAGGAUUGGCAGCCAGCACUGA